AUGCCUCUCGGAAACGACUUAAUUCCUUCUAUUGGUCAAGCUGCCGCAUCUUCUUUUGCCGCCGCUGGCGGAUCUUCUCUUCCUCCUCCUGUUGUAGCUGUUGGCGGAACAAUCAUUCUUGUUGCUAAACUCCUUGAUAUUGCUUUUAAUGGA